CCCGCCCCUUCCCGCCGGGCGCUAUGGCGGCGGCGGCGGGGCCGGAGCGGCCGCAGGUGGUGGCGCACGUGCAGCAGGCGCUGAGUUACACGCUGUUCGACUGCAAGUGGGUGCCGCGCAGCGCGCGCCUCCUCUGCCUGGGCAGCGCCGCGCGCGGCACCGGCGUCGUGCAGCUGUACGAGCUGCGCGCCGGGCGCCUGGAGCUGCUGCGCGAGAUCGAGAAGGCCAAGCCCAUAAAAUGCGGGACCUUCGGCGCCGCCUCGCUGCAGCAGAGAUACCUGGCGACCGGGGACUUCGGGGGGAGCCUCAACGUGUGGAAUUUAGAAGCUCCUGAAAUACCAGUGUACUCUGUGAAAGGUCAUAAGGAAAUCAUAAACAGUAUAGAUGGUGUAGGUGGCUUAGGAAUUGGGGAAGGUGCACCAGAAAUUGUGACUGGCAGUCGAGAUGGGACUGUGAAGGUGUGGGACCCAAGGCAGAAAGACACUCCUGUGGCUAAUAUGGAGCCUGUUCAGGGAGAGAGCAAGAGAGACUGCUGGACAGUAGCAUUUGGUAAUGCUUACACUCAAGAGGAGCGUGUUGUUUGUGCUGGAUACGACAAUGGGGACAUUAAAUUGUUUGACUUAAAAACCAUGUCACUACGAUGGGAGACUAACAUUAAGAAUGGGGUUUGCAGUGUGGAGUUUGACAGAAAAGAUGUAAAUAUGAACAAGCUAGUGGCUACAUCACUCGAGGGAAAAUUUCACGUUUUUGAUAUGAGGACUCAGCACCCAACUAAAGGCUUUGCUUCUGUUUCAGAGAAGGCCCACAAAUCCACCAUAUGGCAGGUUCGGCACCUACCACAGAACAGAGAUAUAUUUAUGACGAGCGGAGGAGCUGGGAGCCUUCAUCUCUGGAAAUACGAGUACCCUGCUCAGCGCUCAAAGAAGGAUUCUGAAGGAGCUGAGAUGGGGGUGGCAGGUUCUGUCAGCCUCUUGCAGAACGUGACCCUGUCAACGCAGCCGAUCUCUAGCCUAGACUGGAGCCCUGACAAAAAGGGGCUGUGUGUUUGUGGUGCCUUUGACCAAACUGUGAGGGUACUGAUAGUUACCAAGCUUAACAAAGUCUGACAGGAAAACUUGUAUCUCUGAUGAGAAAGCAAUAUAGUUUGCAGUCUGUAAAUAUGGGAGGGAGAGACCUCCUGUUUCUAAUUUAAUUUCUCCCUUAUUAAAACUGGAUUAAAGAAAUAGAAACCAGAUCUUUCUAUUGAAAGUUCAGAUACGUGCACUUAGAGUUGUUUGGCUGAUUGUGCUGUGAUGACUUGAAGCGGCCUGGGCACGCAACUUUCACCUUCUGGAAAUGUGAAUUUACGUUAAAACAAGAUGUGCCUUUGUGUUAACGCAGCCUGUAACUUCAGCGAUAACUUGAAAUUGCUUGUGUUCAUUUUAACCGCAGCGCAAAUCUGUUGGUGCUUGUUAAAUGGUCUGGCUCUUCUGCAUAUAGUAUUGUCCAUAUGCACUCAUGCAAUGGGAACUACUGUGUGCUCCCCAUAGGAACUCUUUGUGCUUGUUAAUUAGAAUAUUUGUUAAAGUGACUUAGAGUUCUUUAAUACAUGAUAGAAACUAUAAUGAAUACUAAAAUAUUCAGGUUUAAUUGAGUAGACUUCUUAUUGAAGAUCGUAUUGCAAUUAAACUAUUGAGCAAAAUGCACUGUUUUACCAUUUUAGUUUGGUUUUGUAACAAGUUUUUAUGUUCUGUUGAUUUUAUAUCUGUUUUUAACUUUGUAUUCUACAAAUAAAAUUAUAUGGAGUGUU